AUGGCUCAGAAGAGCCCCACGGUCAAUGGCAAUAACCUGCCCUACGGAGACCUGGCCUCCGAGGUGACCAGGCGCAGAGUCACCAUGGCCACCAGAGAAGAGAGAUUUACCAAGAAAACUGAUGAAGCCAGGGAGAUGCCCUCCACUCUGGAUUUGGAGCAAGUCCCUGCUAGCGUGGCCGGCCCUGCAGAACCCCCUGCCCCUCCUCCUUCACCCGUGGAGGACUACAGAGUCUAAGGGGGCUUUUACAGCACUCCGGCGAAGUUGGGGGUGUCUUUGAAGACUGUCUUGGAACAUCUUUGUUCUUUCUUUCCUAUUUUUCUUCUCUCAUGAUCACUGCUGAGUGGUGUUUAUGCCUCACUAAUGCACUUAGAGCAGUCUUUGGUUUUUCAAGUCAAGUCUCUGAAAUAUGUCCACAUUUGAUCUUUAAUUUGUGUCAUUCAAUAGAACAUAGGCAAUUGUAUUUGAAUUCAAAAAAAAAGAUGAGGCUUCAAUGUUUGUUAUUAAAUCUGGAUGAGUCAAAAGUGCAGAAAUCUGUGACUUUAAAGAUUUGAGCUCCAGAGAACCAUGAGAUAUUUGGGUUUUCAGAACUCAGCCUGGGACACUACAGUUUUACGGGUUUGUGCACUAGUUUAACUGAGCUGCAUCCUAUCUGCUGGUGCCAGGCUGAUUGUGGUUCACAUGCAUGGACAGUAUUUCCAAGGUGUGCUUCUAGGAGAUUUAAAUGAAUUUCAAACUCUGUAGCAGAAGAAACCCAACCUGAAAGGCAGCCAAGUGCAGAGUGAGAGAGAAGUCUAUUGCUCAGAUCCCAUGUGCAAGACUCUGCACCCAUCCCAA